CUUAUUUCUUCUCGGCUUGGCGCUUUUCUUCUUCCUUCCUUCCUCCCUUCUCCGUCCUUCAACCUCCAUAGCUCCUCACCCAGUCGAUUACAGUAAAUUCGGUCGAGCACAACAUAUAUCUUAUUUCUUCUGGAGUUGGUGCUUCGAUUGUGAUUUUGCUGCUGAAGACGUAGCAAAAUGGGAAUCAUUGAAAGAAUUAAAGAAAUCGAGGCCGAGAUGGCUCGGACUCAGAAAAAUAAGGCCACGGAAUAUCAUCUUGGUCAGCUCAAGGCGAAGAUAGCAAAGUUGAGGACGCAGUUGUUAGAGCCUCCAAAGGGUUCAAGUGGAGGUGGAGAGGGUUUUGAAGUUACAAAAUAUGGCCAUGGGCGUGUUGCACUCAUAGGAUUUCCAAGUGUGGGAAAGUCCACACUUUUAACAUUGUUGACAGGUACUCAAUCAGAAGCCGCCUCCUAUGAGUUUACGACACUGACUUGCAUUCCUGGGAUUAUACACUACAAUGAUACCAAAAUUCAGCUGCUUGAUCUUCCUGGAAUUAUUGAAGGUGCGUCUGAGGGAAAGGGACGUGGUAGACAGGUUAUUGCUGUUGCCAAGUCUUCAGACUUAGUCUUGAUGGUUCUUGAUGCCUCAAAAAGUGAGGGCCAUCGCCAGAUUCUCACAAGGGAGCUGGAAGCAGUGGGUUUGCGUUUGAACAAGAGACCACCUCAAAUAUAUUUCAAGAAGAAAAAAACAGGUGGUAUUUCAUUCAAUAGUACCCUUCCUUUAACUCAUGUUGAUGAGAAGCUGUGCUAUCAAAUUCUACACGAGUACAAAAUUCACAAUGCAGAGGUACUCUUUCGAGAGGAUGCCACGGCUGAUGAUCUUAUUGAUGUAAUCGAGGGAAAUCGUAAGUACAUGAAGUGUGUGUAUGUCUACAACAAGAUUGAUGUGGUUGGUAUUGACGACGUAGACAAUUUGGCCCGUCAGCCCAACUCCGUUGUCAUUAGUUGUAAUCUCAAGUUGAACUUAGACAGACUACUAGCUAGGAUGUGGGAGGAGAUGGGACUUGUUAGGAUUUAUUCAAAGCCUCAAGGCCAGCAACCCGAUUUCACCGAUCCAUUUGUUCUUUCUGCUGAUAGAGGUGGGUGCACAGUCGAAGACUUCUGUAAUCAUAUCCACAGGAGUUUGGUUAAAGAUGUCAAAUACGUGCUUGUAUGGGGUACAAGUGCACGGCACUAUCCACAACAUUGUGGCCUUGGUCAUCUUCUUCAGGACGAGGAUGUGGUCCAGAUUGUUAAGAAAAAGGAAAAGGAAGAGGGAGGAAGAGGUCGUUUCAAGUCGCAUACGACUGGUCCAGCUCGGAUAUCUGACCGAGAAAAGAAGGCUCCUUUAAAGACAUAAGUAAACAUUAGAUGAUACCCCAAGCGGUUCUCGAGUGGUGCUUGUUUGAAGCAGAGCUACUAUUCGUUGAAGAUGUGACAUAUAUCGGUUAGUUUUACAUCCCAAUCAAUCCACGAGGAUUAUAAUGUUGAGAUUAUUGUGUUGCUUUGCUCAACAUAGGGAAAUCUUUCUUAGACCACAGUGUAUAAUUGGAAUUUACUGAUAAGAAAUCCUUUGUAAUUUAGUUGUUAAUGUGUAUUAGAACCACAGUUGGAUGCCCUGUUCAUAAAAAUUAUGAAUUAUGAAAGAUAUGCCAAAGCUUUGAUUGUAGAA